AUGACAAAAGUAUUCAGUGUGGGUGAUACGGUAUUCGCGAAAGUUCGAGGGUACCCAGCAUGGCCCGCAAGAGUAGAUAAAGUAGUUAGUGGACCGUCAAAUAAAAGUAAGUAUCAUGUAUAUUUUUAUGGAACAUCAGAAACCGCCGUGUGCAAAGUCGAAGAUUUGUUCGAAUUUGAAGAAUACAAAGAAAAGUAUGGAAAACCAAUCAAACGAAAAGGCUUCCUAGAAGCACUUGCUGAAGUUGAAAAUUUAUUACGUAGUAGAGCUGUUAAUCAAAACACACAGAAAAACGAACAUGAGAGCGAUGAUGGAGAGGAUAAAUUGGUUAUUGAUGAAGAACCAGGUACUGCCACAAAGCAUAAUAACGGAAAGAAAACAGGAUUGAAACGAAAACGAGAGAAUGGAGUUGAGCAUACAGAUGAUAAACCUACUGAUGACAGUGAUUCCAAGUCUGCUAAACAUACACCUGUCCCACCACUGAAACGUUGGAAAAGAGGGUCUGUUCCUCAGAGAGAUGCACCUGUUUUAAGUUCAGAUAACAAAACUGUUAAUGGCUCCGCAACCAAGCCAGAAAUAGUCAGUCGAAGUGGGCGAAAAAUCAAGCCUAAAAAGUUUGCUGAUGAAGACAGUGAACCAUCUUCAAGUGCUGAUGGUGACACAGCUCAGAAAUCAAAUGUUGAUUCGACCAAUAAAAAACUUCCGCUGCGAAGGCAGUCAGUGCCCACAACAAGUGUGGAUACUCAAAAACCUGCUCGAUUAAGUGUCAAAACCCCUGCAGCAUUAAAUAAUUCAGUUCAAGAAAAUCGUCCACCUCAAGACGUUGCUAAUGUUCAAGAAAGAAAUGGAUUGUCAGAUGAGGAGAGAAUUAAAAGGGCAAAGCUUACUUGGUUCCGAAUUGAAGCAAGUAUGUUGGAAACAGAAAGUAAACUCAGAAAUUGCCUUGGUAUUGAUAAAGCUAAUUCUACUGAAGGUGUGAAUCUUCUUAAUCAUCUGAGUAAACUUCGGAUUGAGCCACUCAUGCUAAAGAAACAUCCAAAUGUUGUGUAUACUAUUAGAAAACUAAGACGCUAUGUAGGUAAUCCUGGUGCAUGGAACUUAACAGAAGCUGAAGAGAACAAGUUUAAGUCUGAAGCCCUUCAAAUAAGAAACAUGUGUGAUGCUUUGUAUGAUAAAUUCAAAUCUAAGUUUACUAUUCCAGAAGAUUCAAAUUUCAGUGAUGUGUUUGCAGAUGCUGUUGCCACAUUCAGAAAACGGACAGAAUCUUUUAGUGCUGAGAAAGUUUGUGCCUUGACUGUGGAGCCUUCAGCCACAAGAGGCAACUUGUCUGAUACAGGGUCUCGAGCAGAAGCAUCGCUUGAGCCUCAACCUGAAACUGAAUGUGAAGCCACUGAGGCACACAGUUCCAAAGAGAUUCAAAAUCCUCGAGAACUGUCAAGAGCAGGAAUGUCAAUAACUUUACCGUUUGUGACAAUUAAAUCUGAACCUUUGGAUAUUGAUGAACAUCCAAAUGAUUCUACUAGCAGUAUUUUUCCUGCAAAUGGGAAAACUUUACAAGUUGGGAAAUCUGAACCAAAGACUGAAGAGUUCAAAGAUGAAGAUGGAAGUCGUGGAAAUGAACUGACACAAGCUUCUUUGAAGAUUGAAUAA